AUGUUUCGCAGUGCUUUGCGGCCAAUCUCCUCCUCUCCCUACCCUAGAAGCGCUCGUACCGCGCGAUUUUUUCAUCGCGUCACAACAGAUUUCAUUACCCAUGAUACGAGAGGAAAUCUGGUUACCAGGAAGGUGCCUGUUAUUGUUAGCGACCCGGGAGAAACUUACGUUUUGAUUGAGCAAGGGGUUGGUAGUACACUCCGUGCUGCCAGUCCUUUUAUAUCAGCUUCUGCAGCUAGUGCUGAAGAUAGUUAUCAACUUACGUUUUUCCACGAUUCUGUGCGAGAGUCUUAUUCAGCCGAGGCUAACAGUUUGUUUUCAUUGCUAGGAUCAACGAGUUAUCCCCGCCUCUAUGUCCCAAGCCAAAUCUCUCGCCAGACAGAGUUAAAUAUAAGCCCCGCAACUUUGUUCAUAGGCGGAAAGAUACACCAUUUAUCACAAAUCCUUCCCGUCUUACGUAUACUGAUCCAUGAUACCUACCUAGCAAUUUUUGCGGAGAACGCAAACGCUACUAGACGGAGCCUGGAAAGCGUACUCGACCAGCUGAAGGAUAUAUGA